CUCCUGCUUUUUCAUCGUAGCUUCUCCUCGAAGUUUGAUGGAAAAAACGCUCUUGAUUUUUUUGUGGACUUUGACUGCAAGGUUUAACCCCGAGGAGUCAAUGUAGCGCAAGCGUCCCGCCUGCAUGCGCGCUAGUCUCAUCAACUGCGCCAAUUUCAAGUUAUCGGCGCUUCAUCAAAAGAAACUUAAGGCAAAUAUUGGUGAUUAAGUUAAAAAAGAAAACAAGUUUAAUGUGGAUUUUUUUUGGACACCAUCGUGGACUAGUCUACUGGAUUUGGAUCGAGAGUUGCUUGCUGAGGCGGCUGCGCAAAAUGGGCUGCCCAACUCCCGCAGGAUGCUGUGAAGUAAAGGACCAUCAUGUUGCCUUUGGCAAAUAGACACUUUUUACACGUGAUAUAUAUAUUUUUUAAACCAUAACAGCCAAAGUUUCUGCGUGUUUUCCAGCAAAGGAGAAAACACCUGAAGCACCUGUGUGGACAAAAGUAAUAGGGAAAGCCGCGAGGUUGGGCUAAAUUGUCACUUUUGACAUUCAAGAUAUUUCUGGUCUUUUUUUAUUUGAUUUAAAACAUUUUUUAGAGGACAGGCAUUACAAAGAAGCAACUUAGCGUAGUGAAGCGGAAAGGAGAUGACUACCAGCACUGCUCUUGUGCUCCUCAUUCUCUCUCUAACAAGCAGCUGGGCAGAGAAUGCAGAGGAGCGCCUGGUAAACUACCUUUUAGGUCCAGAGCACUACAAUAAACUAAUCAGACCUGCUGUCAAUAAGAGCCAGCAGGUCACCGUCUCCAUACAGGUGUCUUUGUCUCAGCUCAUCAGUGUGAAUGAGAGAGAACAGAUAAUGACGACCAACCUGUGGCUGUUUCAGGAAUGGAAUGACUACAGGUUGAGAUGGGAUCCUGAGAAAUAUGAAGGCAUCAAGAAAUUGCGAAUACCCUCCAAACUUAUCUGGCUUCCUGAUAUAGUGCUCUAUAACAAUGCUGACGGUGUGUACGAGGUUUCCUUCUAUUGCAAUGCUGUGGUCUCAAGCACCGGGGACAUCUUCUGGCUCCCUCCAGCAAUCUACAAGUCAGCCUGUGCCAUCGAGGUGCAGAACUUCCCCUUUGACCAGCAGAACUGCACUCUCAAGUUCCGCUCUUGGACCUACGACCACACAGAAGUAGAUCUUAUCCUCACCAGUGAUUUCGCCAGCCGUGACGACUUUACUCCAAGUGGAGAGUGGGACAUCGUCUCGCUCCCAGCACGCAAAAACGAGGACCCCAACGACAUAACCUAUCUGGACAUCACCUAUGAUUUUGUCAUCAAGAGGAAGCCUCUUUUCUAUACCAUCAAUCUGAUUAUCCCCUGUGUGCUGAUCACAUCAUUAGCUAUCCUGGUGUUCUACCUGCCGUCAGACUGUGGGGAGAAAAUGACGCUUUGCAUCUCAGUGCUGCUGGCACUCACUGUGUUCCUGCUGCUCAUAUCAAAGAUAGUGCCACCUACCUCUCUAGCAGUGCCACUCAUAGGUAAAUACUUAAUGUUCACCAUGGUGCUGGUCACGUUCUCGAUUGUAAGCACCGUCUGCGUCCUCAACGUGCACCAUCGCUCACCGUCCACUCACUACAUGCCUGACUGGGUCAAACGGCUCUUCUUAGUCCGUCUACCUACCUUCCUCCUCAUGAGGCGUCCAGGCUCUUCCAAUGUUCGUGAUAAACUGCGCCGGAAAUACACCAGUCGGAGUAUUGUCUGUAAAAAUAACACCCAAAGCAGCACAAACAAAAAGCAGUACUCAAACAUCAGACUCUGUGGGAUCAGAACCGACGCCGACGCUUUCUACGUGAAUGAGGAUUUGGCGCAGCGGUGUUGCUGGACGGCUGGUGACAUCCCGGAUGGUGGUGGUGGCUUUUCAGACUUCCAGAGGCCUUUGGCCAAUCAGUUAGAUGCAGAUCUGGAGGAGGCAGUGGAUGGAGUGAGAUACAUAGCUGAGCACAUGAAGACAGAAGACGAUGAUGAAGGGAUCAUAGAAGACUGGAAGUACGUAGCAAUGGUGAUAGACCGUCUGUUUCUGUGGAUCUUCAUCUUGGUGUGUGUGGUGGGAACUCUGGGACUCUUCAUGCAGCCACUGUUCCAGAGCUAUAACACGCCCACUGCUGAUGAGACAGAAUAUGGAGAUUUCUAGGUUUUCUGUGACUGCAACUUUGAGAAGCAUUACAAUGUCUGGCUGUGAUCUACUCCUAAUGAUUAAAUCUGACACAUAACCAUCCGGUGAUGAACUUCAAAUGAACAUGGAAUCAAACCAGUUGCUUAACGUUUGCCUGUGCGUUUCCCCACCUUCAUCGAAGAAACUCUACCCCUCAAAGUCGAGCAGUUUCUGCCAAGAUGAUGAAGACAGUGCCUGUGGACAGUUGUUCCAGAAAAUUGUACAAUGUAAAAAACACAAAGGUGAUGAAAAUGAUAGAUGAUUUGCAGUCCCUGUUUCAUUUUGGACUGACUGCACUGCUGAUGAAAGUGUUUAAGGUUUUAACUGUGACUGUUUUUCUCCCAUGUUGCUGCUCCAAUGAGGCCUCUCCUCUCCAGCAUCGCUGAUAUGAAAAUUGUAUGAACAUUUAUAACAGUGGUACAAAAGCGGAACAUAAUUUCUUUUUUCUCUACAUCAGCCUUUACUGUAAUAGGAAGAGGAUUUUGUUCUGCCCACCUUUUGUCUUUGUGGAAGUAUUAACGCACCAUUUCUCUUUCUGUCUUUUUCCUGUUCCACUUCAGAGCACUGUGUUUCAUUUCCACAAUCCACCUCCCAAGUAACGUUGUAACUCUAAUGCAGUGUCUUAUUUUGAGAAAUGUGUGUUCUGCUCUUGGUUUCUCUCAUUGUGUUUUUUCUCACAUGCUUGUGUAUUCUCUUCUUGUCUGUCUUUCUAUUCCACAAUCACAAGGCCUGACAGAGUUUGAGAAAUAUUGAUAGAAGUCUUGAAAAUAUGGAUGAAAUUUCAAAUAGAUGUGACAGAUGGAGCGAGUGCUGUACACAUCACGCAUUUUAUUUCAUAUGAAAAGACAACAUUAAUUCUAGUUGUGUGUCUGUUUCCCUGUCCAACAGCUCAUUUCCACCCUUCACUUUUUAACUGCCUUAAACCUUUGUUGGACACCAGAAGAUUAAAAACCUGUA